UUUACUCGUAGCCCUACGAUGCCGGCUUCUAAUUUCUAUUACUUUUCGUUUUCUGAUAAGAACUGUGCUAUUCCUAGUUCGAUCUAGCACACAAGUGCAGCAGUCACUAUUUUUGUAAUCCUAGAAAGCUUAUAUCGCUAAAACAGAUUCCAUACCGGAAAAAUGAAGCCGAUAUAUAAAUACUACCUCACUUUACUACUGGCGUUAGCUGCAUACGCGACUGCCUCGAAAUUCAUCUUUGAUAAGGUGUACGAUACUACUCAAACAGUCAUUGAUGAGUUAUUUCACAUCCCACAAGGGGUGGCGUAUUGCGAACGAAAUUUUACUCACUGGGACUCGAAGAUCACGACUCUGCCAGGCCUGUAUUUAGUCUCCGCUGCCGUUCUUGGCUCAUACUUACCGUGUGACACAUACCAUUUACGACUAGUCAAUUUAGUCGCUUCGUGUGUGAAUCUGCUGCUCUUUUCCUCAAUAUUAAAGUUUGUUUACGGUAGCAACACUGAAAGUCAGUUUAAAAUAGUGUUGCAAGCAUUUAACUUAGCCAUCCUCCCACCUCUGUAUUUCUUUUCACAUGUGUAUUACACUGAUACACUAUCACUUACGUUUCUCUUGGCAUUCUCUCGGUUAUGUUUCACGAGUAGACAUAAAUUCUUCAUUUUAGUCUUCGGUCUGUGCAGUGUGUUGAUGCGCCAGACAAAUAUAGUCUUUAUAGCAAUGGUGUUAGGUCACAAAGUGCUAGAUAUAAUGAUAAAAAGCUCAAGAGUCUUCGGCAAUAAGUAUUUAACAAGAACAUUGUUGAAUAAAAACUCUGUUAUCGCUCGGGACGUUGAUGCAUCUAAGUUGAAACGGUAUUAUAGUAUGAGCGAUGUGUUUCUGGCGCUAGGAUACCACAUAACUACCUGUUUUGGCACGUUUUUCAAGUUCCUAACGAAACAAGACUGGUUAAUAAUACUUACUCACAGCGUUACACUAAUUUCGUUUGUAAGCUUCGUUUAUAAAAACGGUUCUAUAGUUGUCGGUGAUAAAACUGCUCAUCAAGCAAGUCUACAUUUACCUCAAAUGUUAUACUUCCUGAUUUUCUACGGAAUCUUUGGAUUACCGUAUCUGCUAGCAAAAUUACCAUCAACUUUAAAACUUAUGGCGAGAAACAAAACCAAUAUAGUAUUAUACGGUAUUCUCUUUACUAUAAUAGUACAUUUCAAUACAGUAACACACCCGUACUUGCUUGCUGAUAAUCGUCAUUAUACAUUCUACGUAUGGAACAGAUGGUUCGGUAAAUAUGCAUUUGCAAAGUACGCAACCGUUCCGGCUUAUAUUUUCCUUCUCUUCAGUUUGUAUGAUAAUUUAAAAGAUCAGAAUUGCAUUUCAUUCCUCUUGCCAUACACUAUAAGUUUAUUCUUAGUUGUAGCGUUACAGAAAAUGAUUGAAAUUAGAUAUUUCUUAAUCCCGUACAUAGUUUUGCGUUUAAGAUUUGUAAGGCCGACAUAUAAAAUAGUUGUAUUUGAAUUUGUAUGGUAUUUGAUUAUCAAUGCUGUUACGUUUAAUUUGUUUUUCAAUAAGGAAAUAAUGUGGAAAAAUUUUGAUUAUGCACAGAGAAUUAUAUGGUAAUGUUAUAUAGUUAAGCACAGUGUCUAUAUAUUUUUUUCAGUACAGAUGGUGUUUUUUUUACGCACUAGUGCGAGAAGUGGUUCAUUAUAUGCCAGGUCGAAACUUCAGAGGCUCAUCUGUACUGA